AAAGCAAUGAUCCCCUUCAGAGGACCACUGCUGAGAAGGGCGCUUGGAUAGGGGAUCUUCAAACCAGAGUCCUUCCUUGCUAGAGCAGUGAAACUGAGAAUUACUGGGGCAAGGAUCACCAGAUGACUUUGGCAUCCUUAGAGUCCAUGGGAGCCUCCAGCCCAGAGGCACUUAGGGAAAAUCUUCCCCAUCUAUCCCAAAUGCUGUCAUAGGUCAUUGAAUAUAAGAAAAAAGAGCCUUACACACCAUACUCUCUAUGUCCCAAAGCUAAGGGAGGUUAAUUGCAAGGCCAAAGCCUCUCAAGCUUGCUAUCCAGAGAAUAACACAGGCUAACAGAACAAAAUGGGAGAUGGCCAUAGAGGCUAAAAGCCUCACUGUCCUGGCCUCAAGUCAUCCAGAGCACACAAAGCUACCAGCAAUCCACAGAGAGAUAGUCAAGUACCACAGUGCCAUCUAUUUAUCAGAUUUGAGUGGGUCACUAAUGAGCUGGUUCAGUCUCCGGAUCAGUGAACCCAACGGCCUCCUGGAAGAUAUUCUAUUUAGGAUGACCAGGAAAUUUGGCAUCCCACUUACAUCCACUAUGGCUAAUUGCAACUACUUAAGCUAAAGGGGGAAAAACCCAGACCUCAUUUGUUCAUCCAGUUAUGGAAGUGGGCCAAAAGUGUAAGAGGAGCCCAGAGGGUUUGUUUGUACACCUUCCCUGCCUUGGUCACGAAUCUGUCUGAGCCACCUGCAGUUCUGUUCAGGACACUCCUGCACUCUUUUCCAGACCUGUCACCAUGGCCCACCGAUUUCCAGCCCUCACCUCAGAACAGAAGAAGGAGCUCUCCGAAAUUGCACAGCGCAUUGUUGCCAGUGGGAAGGGGAUCCUGGCUGCAGAUGAGUCUGUAGGCACCAUGGGAAACCGCCUGCAGAGGAUCAAGGUGGAGAACACCGAGGAGAACCGCCGGCAGUUCCGAGAAAUCCUCUUCACUGUGGACAACUCCAUCAACCAGAGCAUCGGGGGCGUGAUCCUGUUCCAUGAGACCCUCUACCAGAAGGACAGCCAGGGAAAGCUGUUCAGAAACAUCCUCAAGGAAAAGGGGAUUGUGGUGGGAAUUAAGUUAGACCAGGGAGGUGCUCCCCUUGCAGGAACAAACAAAGAAACCACCAUUCAAGGUCUUGAUGGCCUUUCUGAGCGCUGUGCUCAGUACAAGAAAGACGGUGCUGACUUUGGGAAAUGGCGUGCUGUGCUGAGGAUUGACAACCAGUGUCCAUCCAACCUUGCCAUCCAGGAAAAUGCCAACACCCUGGCCCGCUACGCCAGCAUCUGCCAGCAGAAUGGGCUGGUACCCAUUGUUGAACCAGAGGUCAUUCCUGAUGGAGACCAUGACUUGGAACACUGCCAGUAUGUUACUGAGAAGGUCCUGGCGGCUGUCUACAAGGCCCUGAAUGACCAUCACGUUUACCUGGAGGGCACCCUGCUGAAGCCCAACAUGGUGACUGCCGGACAUGCCUGCACCAAAAAGUAUACUCCAGAGCAAGUGGCUAUGGCCACCGUCACUGCUCUCCACCGGACUGUUCCCGCAGCUGUUCCCGGCAUCUGCUUCUUGUCCGGGGGCAUGAGCGAAGAGGAUGCUACUCUCAACCUCAAUGCUAUCAACCUUUGCCCUCUACCAAAGCCCUGGAAACUCAGUUUCUCCUACGGACGGGCCCUGCAGGCCAGUGCACUGGCUGCCUGGGGUGGCAAGGCUGCCAACAAGAAGGCCACCCAGGAGGCUUUCAUGAAGCGGGCCCUGGCUAACUGCCAGGCAGCCAAAGGACAGUAUGUUCACAUGGGCUCUUCUGCUGCUACUUCUACUCAGUCCCUCUUCACAGCCUCCUACACCUACUAGAACCCCAGGCCCACCAGCCUGCCUCCAGCUCUU